GGAGCAUGUUGAUGGUGAAGUGAUCCAGCAGCAGGAGGACCUGCAGGAGCUCUGCUGACCCCAUGAAAGUGAAAGUAAAGUAACUGCGCAGUUCAGUUAGUCCAGAAUCCAUUUUGAGAAAACGAGGCAGAGAGGUGAAGACUGAAGACUGAAGACUGAAGCAGGACUGACUUCAGAUCAGAAGAUGAGUGAUUGUGUGGAGGAAGAGGAGGACAGGGCAAAGUCUCUUGUCUCAAAGUCUCCCGGCCGUCUGUCUAUGAAGAUUUACCGGUCCAUAUAUGAACCUCCAGGCUUCAGUAAUGAACCUGGACCCUCAGAGUCAAAAGUUCAGUCCAGACGGAGAGCAGAGUCUCCAGUACCCAGCUGUCUGUCUAUGAAGAGUGACCGGUCCAUGUGGGAACCUCCACUCUUCAGUAAUGAAGCUGGACCCUCAGAGUCAAAGCUGACUUCAGAUCAGAAGAUGAUUGACUGUGAGGAGGAAGAGGAGGACAGAGCAGAGUCUCUAGUCUCUGGCUGUCUGACUAUGAAGAGUGAUCAGUCUAAAGGGAAUCCUCCACUCUUCAGUACUGAACCUGGACCCUCAGAGUCAAAAGUUCAGUCCAGACGGAGAGCAGAGUCUCCAGUACCCAGCUGUCUGUCUGUGAAGAGUGACGGGUCCAUGUGGAUUCCUAUGAACUUCAGUAAUGAACCUGGACCCUCAGAGUCAAAGAAGAGGAAGAGGAGUGAUGUCUCUGUGGAGGAGCAGCUGUCCUGCUGUGCUUUGUGUCAGGACGUCCUGAAGGAUCCGGUCUCUACCAGCUGUGGACACUGGUUCUGCAGACAGUGCAUCACCUCAUACUGGGACCAGUCUGCUUCAUCAGGAGACUCCUCCUGUCCCCAGUGUGGACAAAGAUCCAGAACCAGAGCUGGACUGCAGCCAGCCGGUCAGACCAGCACUGUACAAACAGAUAGAGGUCUGCAGGAGGUUGUAGAUGAACAUAAGAUCAGUCUGAAGGAGAGAUGUGAACGUGUGACUGAAGGAAGUGAUGAAACAGGAAGUGGAACCCUCCUCAACAGGAUCUACACUGAGCUCUACAUCACAGAGGGACAGAGUGAAGAGGUUAAUACCCAACAUGAGUUGAGGCAGCUUGAGACAGCUUCCAAGAAGAAGACCCUCCAUGACGCUCCAAUCAAGUGCCACGACAUCUUUAAAGCCUUACCUGACCAACAGGGACACAUCAGAGUCGUUCUGACGAACGGCGUUGCUGGCGUUGGAAAAACCUUCUCAGUGCAGAAGUUCACUCUGGACUGGGCAGAGGGCUUGGAGAACCAAGAUGUCAGUCUGGUGGUUCUGCUUUCGUUCAGGGAGCUGAACUUGAUCAGAGAUGAGCAGUACAGUCUUCUCAUGCUGCUCCAUGUUUUCCAUCCAACAUUACAGAAGGUCACAGCAGAGAAGCUCGCUGUCUGUAAAGUUCUGUUCAUCUUUGACGGCCUGGAUGAAAGCAGACUUUCACUGGAUUUCCACAACAACGAGGUUGUGUCUGAUGUCACCCAGAAGUCAUCAGUCAACGUGCUGUUGACAAACCUCAUCCAGGGGAAUCUGCUUCCCUCAGCUCUCGUCUGGAUAACUUCCCGACCUGCAGCAGCCAAUCAGAUCCCUCCUGCAUGUGUUGACAGGGUAACAGAAGUACGAGGCUUCACUGACGCCCAGCAGGAGGAGUACUUCAGGAGGAGAGUCAGUGAUGAAGAGCUGUCCAGCAGAAUCAUCUCACACAUCAAGACAUCCAGGAGCCUCCACAUCAUGUGUCUAAUCCCAGUCUUCUGCUGGAUCACUGCUACAGUUCUGGACCACAUGUUGACUACAGACCAGAGAGGAGAGCUGCCCAAGACCCUGACUGACAUGUACUCACGCUUCCUGGUGGUUCAGACAAAGAGGAAGAAGCAGAAGUAUGGUGAGGGACAUGAGACGAGUCCACAGGAGCUGACGGAGGCUGACAGGGAAGUUCUUCUGAAGCUGGGGAGGCUGGCGUUUGAACAGCUGGAGAAAGGAAACAUCAUGUUCUACCAAGAAGACCUGGAGCGGUGUGGUCUGGAUGUCACAGAGGCCUCGGUGUUCUCAGGAGUUUGUACAGAGAUCUUCAAAAGAGAGUGUGUGAUCUUCAAGAAAACAGUCUACUGCUUUGUUCACCUGAGCAUUCAGGAGUUUCUGGCUGCCGUCUACAUGGUCCACUGUUACACAAACAGGAACACAGAGGUACUGAAGGACUUCCUGGAAGAAGACUUCAGGCACAGAGAGUCAAACCUAGAGUCUUUUCUCAAGAACAUCCCCCAGUAUUUUGGAAGCAGUGCUAGUCGUGGCCCAUCUCUGGAUGUCUUCCUGAAGAGAGCCAUGGAGAAAUCCCUUGAAAGUGAAAAUGGCCACCUGGACCUGUUUGUUCGCUUCCUUCAUGGCCUCUCUCUGGAGUCCAACCAGAAGCUCUUAGGAGGUCUGCUGGGUCAGACAGACGACAGUCCAAAAAUCAUCCAGACAGCCAUCAACAACCUGAAGGAGAUGAACAGAGAUAAAACCUCUCCUGACAGAAGCAUCAACAUCUUCCACUGUCUGACGGAGAUGAACGACCACUCGGUACAUCAGGAGAUCCAAGAGUUCCUGAAGUCAGAGAACAGAUCAGAGAAGAAACUCUCUGAGAUCCACUGCUCAGCUCUGGCCUACAUGCUGCAGAUGUCAGAGGAGGUUCUGGAUGAGUUUGACCUGAAGAAGUACAAGACAACACUGAAGGGACGACAGAGACUGAUUCCAGCUGUGAGGAACUGCAGAAAAGCUCUACUUUCUGACUGUGGACUCUCAGAUACUCACUGUGAAGUUGUGGCCUCAGCUCUGAAAUCCAACCCCUCCCAUCUCAGAGAGCUGGACCUGAGUGUCAACAACCUGCAGGAUUCAGGAGUGAAGCUGCUUUCUGCUGCACUGGAGAGUCCAAACUGUAGACUGGAGACUCUGAGAUUGUUUGACUGCAGGUUGUCAGAGAUCAGCUGUGCUUCUCUGAUCUCAGCUCUGAAGUCCAACCCCUCCCAUCUGAGAGAGCUGGAGCUGAGUGACAACAAGCUGAAGGAUUCAGGAGUGAAGCUCCUGUGUGGUUUUCUGGAGAGUCCACACUGUAGACUGGAGACUCUGAGAUUGUGGCUCUGCAGGUUGUCAGAGAUCAGCUGUGCUUCUCUGGCCUCAGCUCUGAAGUCCAACCCCUCCCAUCUGAGAGAGCUGGAGCUGAGUGACAACAAGCUGAAGGAUUCAGGAGUGAAGCAGCUUUGUGGUUUUCUGGAGAGUCCACACUGUAGACUGGAGACUCUGAGAUUGAGGGGCUGCAGUUUGUCAGAGAUCAGCUGUGCUUCUCUGAUCUCAGCUCUGAAGUCCAACCCCUCCCAUCUGAGAGAGCUGGAGCUGAGUAACAACAACCUGAAGGAUUCAGGAGUGAAGCUCCUGUGUGGUUUUCUGGAGAGUCCACACUGUAGACUGGAGACUCUGAGGAUCGACAAGAAGGUCUACAGAGCUGCCAGACACAAAGAAUGUGACUCAGAUGUCAAACUGAAUGAGGGAAUAAAGCUACCUGAGGACGAGGAAAAGGCUCCAACAUCCUUCUCACCUGAGCAGACAGCUGGAUCUUCAUACAGCUUCAGGUGUCCUGGUCCAGGUGUGUUCCAGUGUGCUUUGACUGGACUGGUGUUUGUCAUGGCUCAGGAGGCGGAGCUACAGUACAGGACCGUCCAAUGGGAUGAGAGCUUCCUCCAAUCAGCUGGCAAAAUGGCUGCAGGGCCGCUGUUCAACAUCAAGUGUUCUGAGGAUGCUGCUCUCCGUCAGCUCCACCUCCAACACUGUGACACAAAGGAAGCAUUGCUCUGUGACGGCCUGUUGUCUGUCGCUCACAUCUCUGAUGAUGGAAUGAGCAUCUUGGAGCCGCUGGAGAUUACAGACACUCAUGUGGUUGUGAAGAUCUCUCACCUCUCUGCCUUUGGCCUGAUCUGGAAAAAGAUUCGGAACAAGAUAUGGCCGAUAAAGGGCCAAGUUCUGCUGUUCCUCCGACCGCCCACCAGAACACAACAAGUACUCGAUGUCUUUCUGCUGAACAAAAACGUCCUUGUAAGCGAGGUUAAGGCCCAACAAGGACGUGCUACGUACAUCCAGAUCUCUGCCAAGUGUCUUCUCAACUUUGGUCAAAGUUACAGUCUCCACUGUGAACCUGAGGGCUUCACAAUACAACCUGAUUGUGAACCAUUUGACUCAGAUUAUGGACCAAAUUACCAUCCCACAUUUGAGGUUUUCCUGACUACGAUCCCAGAGAAAGUGACUUUGAUGGUCAAGGCUCAAGAGAGGACAGACCACGUCUGGAGACGUGAAGUGUGUCUGACAGAUCUAACAAUGGAAAUCCGUCAGAGGAACGUCCCACCAGAGGACAGCGUGUUACCAGAGGACAGCGUCCCACCAGAGGACCGCGUCCCACCAGAGGACAGCGUCUCAUCAGAGUACAUCGUCACACCAGAGGAGAAACUGCGGAUGGUUCGAAAAGAGUUUACGGACAGAAUGUCUGAUCCUAGUCUGAACAUGCUUCUGGAUGAACUCUUUCAGCGUCGCGUUAUAAACGAUAGGGAAAUGGAGUCAAUCAGAAAAGCAAAAAGCAGGGCAGAUAAAGCACAAGACCUGAUCGACACGGUGCGACUAAAGGGAACUGAAGCCAGCUCAGUUCUGAUCGCUGCUCUCCGUGAGGUGGAUCCGUGUGUUUUCAAAGUGCUGAACUUAAGCUGAAACAAAAGCAAGAAGCUGGAGUGUGAUGAUGAAUCUCUAUAAUAUCUGGCUGUUUCAGAGACUCACAUCACUUAUUGUUGUCUUUAAAUGAUAAAUCCCGUCGUGGAAGCCUGUGUGGACUUUCACUCUGAAGGUGAUUCACUGAAGUUUGGAGGAAAAGUGAAUUCAUUUUCAAGCUCUUGUGGUUUGGUUUCAACAUUUUAUAAUCAUUUACUUGGGAUAACUUCCGAUGUGUUGUUAGUGAUGAAGACCUGCGAUAGAGAGCUCCUGACAUUUCUAUAUGUUUUGGGACUGCCUUCUUAUUGCUAAUUUUUGGAAGCUAUUAAUUAAGUUUUAAUUAGUUAACGUGAUAAUAACGUGCUCCUUUUUCCCUGCUGGGUUUUUGGUUGUUUGGUCAUUUCAUUCGUCAGUAGACCUUCUGUAACUUGUGCCUACAAUAAAGAUUUCAUUUCACACUGUGAUG